GUUUCAUUUGCAUCUGGCGCCAACAGACGUCGUUUUGUUCUUCUUCCUUGCAUAUGUUGCAGAUUUGGGGACUCCCAAUUUCCAUUUGCUCACCUUGUUUCCCUUUCUCUUCGUUUCAUUCUAAAUCAUCUGCCCUGCAUCUUCUUCUUCUUCAAUUCCUCCUUGACCCCAUGUGUCUUCCCAAUCCCUGCUGUAAACUGAUUAAAAGGGUGUUCUUUUUCAGGGGGUUACUUUGCUUUCAAAUGGCUACUGACCAUCUUUUCCCCCCACUGCCCAUCAGCCAUGGGCAGUGUUUUUUUCUUUUUUUUUUGGGGGGUGUUUGUUGGAAACUUUUGAGUGAUUAUGGCUUGUGGUUCUGAAAAUCUGAUGUGGGUCGAUCCAUUAAUGAUGAAGCUGCCACCUUUAGUUUCAAUUAUGCCAUUGUCCAAGGUUCGGAGGAGAAAUCAAUGGUAUGGCUGUGCAACUCCAACUCCGGUAAAACCAAAUGCAAUUGUGUAUUUUUUCUUGAAAAUCAGUUCUUAUUUUCAGUUUUGAUAUGUUUGUCUCAUCUGCUUUUGGUUAUGAAUAUUGUUGCAUACAUUUUUUCUGUAAUAACAUUCCCAGUUUAUGUUGUAGUUUGUACUAAUAAUUAGCGAUGGAUAUAAGUUUAGUUCAAUUUGAAAUUAAUCCCUGAAUCUACUGUCCCUAUAGGGAUAGGAAAAGCUUAAGUCCGACAGUCAUAUAUAUAAUAUCUAUAAAUAGACCACCAUCAGUGGGCCAAAAAAAAAAAAGCAAACAGUAACCAGGAAAGUUAGUAUCAGUAUUGUUUUCAAGCUUUUGUGAUUUUCUUCUGCAGAAAUUCUCUGGCUUCAGCGCCUGAAGAUUUCGAGCUUCAUAAUUCAGGUUUGAAUUACUACUACUGUUACUUCUUUUCUGGAUAUUUUUGAUCGAUGAAUUUAAUGUUCUUUAUUGACAAUGUCCUAUAAUUCCAGCCUAUUUGUACAUCCUUCACGCCAUCAAAAACAUAUAUAGGGAUUUGUUGGCAUAUAAUUCAGUAGUACCUGAUCAUGCUUUUUUUUUUUUUUCUUUGGACUUGUUCAUUCGAAAGUUUGGUGUGCUUGCUCAUGUGCUGUAAUAUGCUAAUAUGAACUAUAUUACAGAUACUUGGUAGGCUUUUGUUGGAGUGAUGAUGAUUUACUCAUAUUUAUCUUGGCCGCACCUUUGGUUUCUGUAUAUGUUUCCAGUAUUUCUGUUUGGUGCUAGGUUUGUUUAGGGUACAUUUUUUCACGUAUACCCUGCUUGAUUUUCUUUGCUGUCACUCUUAGGACUUCCAUGGUACAUUGAGCAUGCCGCAAAAAUCGGUAUCUUAUUCAAAUGUUACUCGUGUCACCUCUUUGUUUUUUAAGGAUUUAGGAUUGAAGAGGCAGCAAUUUUCAGCUACUAUCAUGUUUGUAAAAGAUUAAGGCAUAAGAGACGGCAAUCUUCAGCUAUUCUCACGUGUUUAGGUGAAUUUAAUUGUAGUUGGUAUAAGAAUUGAGGCCGGAAGAUGAGUGUUUAUCGUAGUAGGUACUGGCUUAAGGAAUUUUUUUGUAAAAAAAUAAAGUUAAUUUUUUUUCUUUUUUUAAUUCUAAUUCAGAUGGGAAUGGAAUAUGGUUUUUGAAACUGAAUACUAACUUUGAUUACGUCUGGUUUCUGUUCCGGCUUUGGUUUGGAUUACAUUCUCCUGAUGUUGCCCUCACAUGAUCUGUUCCCAAAAUAUUUGGGUCUAUGAAUUGCUUGAAUUAGUCGUGGCCAUUUUAUAACUUGAUCUUGGUUCUGACAUGUUGAUAGAAGAAAAAACAGAGACAAGGGAGAACAAAAGCCUGAAGCAGACGUUCAUCAAUUUCAUCAUCCAAUCUUCAGUCUACCAUUCUCUACUCUGUGUCUCUUCUCAAUUUGGUGAAUAGGAAAAUGGAACCGGCGACAAAGAGGCUGGUCAGGGAUUACACGAGGUUACGGAAAGACCCUCCUGCCGGCAUCAGUGGCGCUCCUAAUGAUGACAAUAUCAUGCUCACGAACGCUAUCAUCACUGGCCCAGAUGACUCUCCUUGGGCAGGUGGUACAUUUAGGUUGACACUGAAUUUCACUAGGGAUUACCCAAAUAAACCUCCAACUGCAAAAUUCAUUUCAAGAAUGUUCCACCCAAAAAUUGCUGCAGAUGGAAGUGUUCUCUUGGAUGUUCUGGAACAUCACUGGAGUCCAGUCUAUGAUGUAGCAUCUAUAUGACAUACAUCCAGUCACUGCUUUGUGACCCUAGUCCACACGAUUCACCUGCCAACUCAGAAGCCGCGCGGUUGUUGAGUGAAAGCAAGCGUCAAUAUGACAAGAAGGUGCGUGAAGUAGUGGAGGAUAGCUGGACAACUGACUAAAUAAUUCCUCUCUAGGAGAACAAUGGAAGGGUAUCAACACUGAGCUGAGUUUGAUAUCAAACUUCCCUUUCUCCUGGUUAGGAUGAUCUCUAUCUUCUGUAGGAAAUGUGAUCAGAGCAUUAGUAACUGAUGUUGGGCUGCCUACAAUUUUAUAUGCUAUAUAUUGGCUGGUUGGGCUGUCUUGUAAGUUGUAAGGAACUCCCAUAGUGUUUAUUGUCCAAAUCAAGUGACAAUAUGGUGAAUAUAGCUAUGGUGAUGUUUUUUUGUUAUUAUCAGAUGGAUUGGGAAAAAUAUAGUGGC